UAAUCGAGAACAAUGCACAUUCUUCCCAUAUCGUUUGGAAUGUUGACAUACUUCGGGUAUUGGCAACCCAUUGGUUUAACGUCCAUUAAAUAUUGGACGUAUAUCAUUUAUUCCGUCGUAAUGAAUUUUGUGCUUUACUCAUUUGCGUUUUGCGGUUUGGUUGAUUGCUUUAUAAUCGAGGAUCUUGAGACAUUCGUCGAUAAAUUCUCGCUAUCUGUAUCGGUGGUCAGCGUUAGCUGCAAAGUGUUAAACCUGAUCGUACAUCGGGAUAAAAUUAUCGGUCUCACUGACAUGCUGCUUAAUGACAUUUGCAUACCUAGAAAUGAUUACGAGAUGAAUAUUCAGCGACGUUUUGAUCAUAACACGAAGAUAGUUACCAUAUGGUACGAGAUACUGAACGAAAUUUCUGUAUUGUUCGCCGUAAUCGCUCAAUUGUGGAACUCCAUCGACGCCCGGAUCUUAACGUUAGCCAAAUGGGUGCCCUAUGACCUCUCAUCGGACUUUGCUUUCUGGGCGACUACGUUGCACCAAACUAUAGGACUAAUAGCUUGCGCACAUGCCAGCACGGCUCAUGAGACUUUAAUUUCUGGUUUUAUGAUCCAGACUUGUGCCCAGCUCGAUAUACUUUGCCAUCGUGCUCGGACAUUGCCAGAUAAGCUACGAGAGGUCCGAAAAUACUGCACCUCGAAAGAAGAGAUUAAGAGCAAGGAACGGCAACUCGUUCGCGAACUCAUCCAUCAUCAUCGCUACGUAUAUAGGCUUGCGGAGCGUAUCAAUUCGGUGUUCACAAUAAUGAUUUUCAUACAAUUCAUCGUAAGCUCGUCAGUGCUUUGUAUUACCAUCUACAAAAUGUUAAUAAAAGAGGUGGGCGCGGAGUUCAUAUGGGUCGCGUCAUAUCUUGCCGUCAUGCUUGGGCAAAUUUUCUUGUAUUGCUGGUUCAGCAACGAACUGACAUUAAAAAGCACUGAGGUCGGAAGCGCCGUUUACGAGAUGGACUGGCCGAUGCUUCCUAAUGAUAUAAUGAAGAGCCUUUUGGUGAUAAUUAUGCGAGCUAAAAAACCAAUUGUGAUGACUAGCGGAUACAUAGUUACCUUGUCCAACGAAUCAUUUACGAAGAUCAUCAAAAUAUCUUAUUCGGCAUUCAACGUUAUGCAUGGUUCUUAACCGUUUAACCGCGGACAUUAUUCAGUUGAUCGACGAACAAACAGAAUGAAAUCCGCAAUUUUUUAUACGUAAAUAUUUUAAAUUCCGCAGAUAAUUCGGAAGUAAUCGCAGACAAUCUCGCCAUCAUCGGAAAUGACACAACUCAAUGAUAAAUAUAUUCGUUUGUAUGUCAUAUCCCUCAGCAAAAGCCUGCCUCAAUUCUGCACUUAGUAUCUUUCCUGAAAUAAAAUACACUACAAUAUUUCUCAA